AUGUCGUUACCAGAAUGGGCUUUCCUAUUAGCACUGUGCUUUGUCCAUCAGAUAGGAGGUCAGAUUGGAAUCCAAAUAGGAGGCAAAUUCUCUGGGGGUCUUCUACAAAACCAAAACGCUUCUCUCACAGUUUCAGCCAAGUUGAACAUCAUCCCAUCAAUGCUGACAAAUCUAAUAGUAACACCCUCAAAUCCUGCUCACAAUGGCCGUGUAUGCAGCACAUGGGGCAACUUCCACUUCAAGACCUUUGAUGGAGACAUAUUCUACUUCCCUGGGCUCUGUAAUUAUGUUUUUGCCUCCCAUUGCAACGCUGCCUAUGAGGACUUCAACAUCCAGAUUAGGCGUGAAGUGGUGGCAAAUGCUCCAACAAUCAACCGUAUCACCAUGAAGCUUGAAGGUGUAGUUGCUGAACUAACAAAGGGUGCUGUCAUGAUCAACAGCAAUAGAGUUCAGCUGCCAUACAGUCAAUCUGGCAUUAUCAUAGAGAAAAGCAGCAUUUACGUGAAAGUUGGCAGCAAAAUUGGUGUCGUGUUAUUAUGGAAUGAAGAUGACAGCAUCCUGCUGGAAUUGAAUGAGAAAUACGCCAAUCAGACUUGUGGACUUUGCGGGGACUUCAAUGGCCUUCCAAUUUACAAUGAAUUCUUUUCAAACAAUAUUAGGAUGUCUGCCUUGCAAUUUGGAAAUAUGCACAAAAUGGAUGGGCCAACAGAACACUGUGAAGACCCCACUUCUACCCUGCCAUCUAAUUGCUCUGAUAAUCUUGAUGACAUAUGCCAGAAAACAUUGACCAGCUCUGCAUUUGCAGAAUGUAAUGACCUUGUUGAUGUUAGAGAGUACAUUACAGCUUGCCAAGAUGACUUGUGCCGCUCUGAAGAAUCUAAAAACGCCUCAUGUAUUUGUGACACCUUUGCUGAAUACUCCCGGCAGUGUGCUCAUGCUGGUGGGCAGCCCCUGAACUGGAGAACCUCAAAACUGUGCUCCAAGAAGUGUCCUUACAACAUGCAGUACGAGGAGUGCAACUCCCCCUGUGCUGAUACAUGCACAAAUCCUGAACGAUCUCAGUUUUGUGAAGAACACUGUAUUGAUGGUUGUUUCUGCCCCCCAGGGACUGUAUUUGAUGACAUCAACAAUUCUGGCUGCAUUCCCCAGCAGCAGUGCUCCUGUAUUUACAAUGGCAACACCUACGCUACAGGAGCUUCUUUUUCAGAGCCGUGCCAGACCUGUACCUGCAAUGGAGGCCAGUGGAGCUGCCAAGACAUGUCAUGCCCAGGAAUAUGUUCAGUAGAGGGAGGUUCACACAUUUCCACAUAUGACAAAAAACGUUAUGAUCACCACGGAGACUGCACCUACGUCCUUUCUAAGGACUGCAAAGAUGAAACAUUCACCAUCUUGGUAGACCUACGCAAAUGUGGCCUAACAGACACUGAGACAUGCUUAAAGACAGUGACCCUCAACAUGAACAAAGGACAAACUGUCAUUGAGGUCAGACCUGAUCGUAGUGUGUUUGUGAACUCAAUCUACACCCAGCUGCCCAUGUCAGCAGCUAAUGUCACCAUGUUCAGACCUUCAUCAUUCUUCAUGAUCAUGCAGACAAACUUUGGAGUCCACCUUGAAAUCCAGUUCAUACCUAUAAUGCAAGUGUUUGUGCGACUGGAUCCUAUUUUCAAAGACCAGACUUGUGGUCUCUGUGGAAACUUCAAUAAUAUCCAAACUGAUGACUUCAAGGUCAUAAGUGGAAUAAUUGAAGGAACAGCAACAGCAUUUGCUAAUACAUGGAAAACUCAGGCUUCAUGCCCCAAUAUCCAGCAGAGUUUUGAGAACCCUUGUGCACUCAGCAUUGAUAAUGAAAAAUACGCUCAGUAUUGGUGUGGACUGCUAACUAACAGCACAGGACCUUUUGCUGAUUGCCACUAUGCAGUGAAUCCCGCUGUUUACCACACGAACUGCAUGUUUGACACAUGUAACUGUGAAAAUAGUGAGGACUGUCUGUGUGCAGCCCUGUCUUCCUAUGUGAGAGCUUGUGCUGCAAAAGGAAUCCAGCUGCAGGGAUGGAGGACUGAUGUCUGCACAAAAUACACCACCUCAUGUCCCAAAUCCCUAAGCUACAGCUAUACCAUCUCUUCCUGUCCACCCACUUGUCGGUCUCUGAGUGAGCCUGAUGUCACAUGCAACAUUAAGUUUGUCCCAGUUGACGGCUGCACCUGCGUAAACGGAACCUACAUGGAUGAGAGUGGCAAAUGUGUGCCUGCUACUGAAUGCCCCUGCUACUACAGAGGAUCUCCCAUACCAUUUGGAGAAGUUGUCCAUGAAAAUGGGCAAGUAUGCUCUUGUGUCCAGGGAAGACUGAAUUGCAUUGGAGCACCGAAUCCAACUCCAGUCUGUGAAUCUCCCAUGGUCUACUUUGACUGUAGAAACACCACUGCAGGAAAAACUGGAGCAGAAUGUCAAAAAAGUUGCCAGACUCUGGAUAUGCAGUGUUAUAGCUCACAAUGUACAUCUGGCUGCAUGUGCCCAAAUGGGCUUGUGUUAGAUGGAAAUGGUGGUUGUAUUCCUGAAGAUGAAUGUCCUUGCAUUCACAAUGAAGCCAUGUAUCAGCCUGGGGAAAAGAUCAACUCUGACUGUAACACCUGUGUAUGCAAGAAUAGGAAGUGGGAAUGUACCAAAAAUCAGUGUCUGGGCACUUGUGCUAUUUAUGGAGAUGGUCAUUAUAAUACCUUUGAUGACAAAACCUUCAGCUUCAAUGGAAAUUGUGAAUACACACUAGUGCAGGACCAUUGUGGCUCAGCCAACGGAACCUUCAGGGUUGUCACUGAAAAUAUUCCUUGUGGCAACGCUGGGACAACUUGCUCAAAAUCCAUCAAAGUCUUCUUAGAGAGCUAUGAACUGAUACUUGGUGAAGAACAUGUCAGUGUAGUAAAGAGAGGACAAAACGAUGAGGUGCCAUAUACAAUCCGCUAUAUGGGUAUGUACUUGGUAAUUGAGACCACAAGCGGACUGAUCCUCAUGUGGGACAAGAAAACCAGCAUCUUCAUCAAGCUCAGCCCUGAUUUUAAGGGCCAGAUCUGUGGCCUCUGUGGAAAUUAUGAUGGCAACAGCAUCAAUGACUUUACUACAAGGAGUCAAUCUGUAGUAGAGAAUGUCCUAGAGUUUGGAAACAGCUGGAAAGUAUCCUCUACAUGUCCUGAUGCUAACGACAUCAAGGACCCAUGUUCUACCAACCCUUACCGAAAGUCCUGGUCAGAGAAGCAGUGUAGCAUCAUCAACAGCAACGUCUUUGCUGCCUGUCACUCUCAGGUUGAACCAGCAAAAUAUUACCAAGCUUGUGUGACAGAUGCUUGUGCCUGUGACACUGGAGGAGACUGUGAUUGCUUCUGUACAGCAGUAGCUGCCUAUGCCCAAGCAUGCAGUGAAGUUGGUGUAUGCGUAGCCUGGAGAAGCCCAUCAAUUUGUCCACUGUUCUGUGAUUACUACAAUCAACAAGGAGAAUGUGAAUGGCACUAUAAGCCUUGUGGAGCCUCCUGUAUGAAGACCUGUAGGAACCCAAGUGGAAAAUGCCUCAAUGACUUGCCAGGUUUAGAAGGCUGCUACCCUAACUGCCCACCAGACAAGCCAUAUUUCCAUGAGGAUCAGAUGAAGUGUGUUAGUCUCUGUGACUGUUAUGAUGAUGAAGAUGGAAAGAUAUAUAAACGAGAUGAAUGUAAUAUAUGGUAAGCUUUAACAUACCAGCC